AUGUUAAUCGGGGGACUGAAUGAAAUCGAACAUUUUGAUUUUUGGAAGGUUUACCAAGACAAAGGGAAUAGGGCUAAAAAGAAAACCGAUACGGGGAACAUAGAAGGAAUUGAAGAGUUCUUUCACUCUCCAUUCACAAUUCACGUAGUAAGGAACCAGAUCAGGAUGGAAGCGAUGGAUAUACAGGCUGUUGAGUCAAAGCUCAGUGACGUCACCGUUACAGCGAUACCUAUGAACGGAAAGAGCUCCCACAAGGAUUUAGGACAUAGUGGCAACAGUCACGCAACUAUAUCCACCGUUCCUGCCUCGUCCCCAUCUUCGAUUGGUAAAGAUAAAGACAACGGUAUGUCGAAAUACGCUCAAUUACUAGCUGUUAUUGAAGAAAUGGGAAAGGAAGUAAGACCGAGUUACUCAGGUAGUCGCAGCUCUGCUGAGAGAUUAAAGAGGGGGAUCGUUCAUGCUAGAAUCCUGGUCAGAGAGUGUCUUAUUGAGACUGAAAGGUCAGCACGGCAGUAG